GAGGAGCGGGUGCAGCUGCAGAACCAGGAGGUCCAACUGAACAAAGAACUGUCAGCAGCUCAGCAGGAGAACCAACAUCUGACCCAGGUUCUGCAGGAGGCCCGGGAGGAGCUGGUCCAGCUGCAGAGACAGCUGCAGGACCAGAACCGGGCCAAAGACCUGUUGCUGGAACACAGGUCUCAGAUGAAGCUGGUAGAAAAGCAGCUCAGAGAUCUGACUGUAGAACAUCAGCUGCUGCUGCAGGCCUCCCACAAGGUCCAGGAGGAGCGUGACGAGCUGCUGAGGCGUCAGAAGGAGAGCCUCCUGGAGGUGCAGCAGAGGAGCGGGCUGAAGAAGCUGCUCCUGGAGGAGAAGCUGGCAGCUCUGACAGAGACCCUGGAGCAGAAGGAGGCGCAGCUCAACGCCGCUCGCUCCGUCUGCAGUUCUGACCCGUUGGAGCGCAGCACCGCCGCCACCAAGCUACAGGAGACUCUGGAGUCCAAACGGGUCGCCGUCCAGGUCCUGAAGGACCACCUGUCCCAAGAAGCUCAGGACUACGACCAGCUGCUGCAAGACCUUCAGAACCACCCAGCAGAUCCUGAACCAGAACCAGAACCAGAACUCUGAUCAGGUCCACAGCACCUGAACCAACUGGAUCUGGACCAGAACCUCUGAAGUUCUCCUGGGACAACCUUUGACGUUUAAUAGUUUUGGACCUUUGGUUCUUUGUAAAAAAAUAAAAUCAGAAAAUACUUUAAAAUAAAU